AUGGACCUGAACACGGCAACAACUCGCGAGCUGCAGCAACUGCCCGGUGUGGGGUCUGUAACAGCGCGAUUAAUCAUCGAGUCGCGCCCCUUUUCCUGUGUCGAGGACUUACUACGAGUGAAAGGCAUCGGUCCCGUCAAAUUUGCGGCCAUCACAGCUGAAAAUCAGAUAUACGUGGACGAAAAGCCGACCACCAUAGCAAGCACUAAGCUCAACAUCAAAAUCGACCUGAACGCGGCGUCCAAGAGGCAAUUGCAGCAAUUUAAGGGGGUGGGGCCAGUGCUGGCUCAACGAAUCGUUGAAGCUAGGCCGUUCCAUCGCAAGGAAGAUCUUUUGGCUGUGAAAGGUAUUGGUCCAAAAUCUUACGUGAAAAUUCAAGCUGGAGCACACGUGAGGUCAAGUUCUGACCCAUUCGAUAGGGGAGAGACUGGUGAUGAUAACGGUGAAGAUAGUGGAGAAGAGAGGGUCAACAUUGACGAGACUUUUCAUGUUUGUCGGGAGAUUGAGAGAGACAUUCGUGGAAAUAUUUUCCCUACCAAUAUGUUGAACCACAAUGAUAACAACCGCGCGCUACUUGUGGCGAGUUGGAACAUCCGCAACAUUUCUCGCCGAAAAGAAAUAUUCUUACUGGAGCGAAUUGCCGACAUUCUAAAAGAAUUUGACAUUGUCGCGCUGCAAGAGGUGAGGGAUCUGAUAGUGCUGAAGAGACUGAAGACGAUGUUACCUGGAUGGGACUAUGUAGUGUCCGAGCCGGUGGGGCGUAUGUCACCGGGAGCGAAGAAGAGGGUUGAACGCUACGCUUUCUUCUACAGACGUUCUGCUGCUCGGCUUGUUGAGAAAUGCUGGCUAGUUGAAGGCAGCAGCGACGUGUUUACGAGGUUGCCGUGUGUUGCUACUUUUCGAGCGACGAAAGAGUCAGGAGUGACGGGGCUGGAGCUCGCACUAAUAAAUGUGCACGUUUCAUUCGCUGAAAAAGAGAGCCGUCAUGCUGAGAUCGCGGAGAUUAGUCGACUGGCAAACGAGUUGAGUGCAUCAGUGCCGAUCAAUAGGAAGGUAGUGGUGUUGGGAGACUUCAAUUUGUCACCGCAGGACGUGCUGGGAAGCCUCGGAUCUCACAAGAUGGCGCUCAUUCGCUCUCCGCUUUCAACCACAGUGUUCGGUAAGCUCUACGACAACAUUUGGCUCGACCGUGCAGACUUCAGUAACUGCAACAUCGAUAAACCAACGUACUGCGUUGACAGUGGAGUGCUUCGUGUGGAUUGGCGAUUCUAUCCUCCUUCAAAGGGUACAUGUAGUCGCCGUUCAGCACAACAUCCAAUGGACACGAUGCUCCCUCGACUUCAGACGUAUAUGUCGCGCGUUCAAUGCGGCUACGAACUCUCGGAUCAUUGCCCAGUUUGGGUUGCGUUCACUGCAGCCAGCAAGCGCGAUGGUACUUCAGCAAAAAGUAAUCCAAAGGCUUCAAAGCCAUAG